UAGAAAAUAAAACGGGAUUCAUUUUAAAAGUGAUACAAAAUUUGAAGUUCUUUAUAAAUAAUAUAAAAAAAGUAAAAUAAAAGUGAAAUGCUGUAUAAAUAAAACCAGAAAGAAUUAUUUUUGUAUCACAUACUCUGGCAUUUAGUAAUUUUCUUGAUGGUCUCUUAAUUAUGUUGGUAUUAUGAAAAAGAAAACAAGUGUUAUUUUACUCUUUUGAAAAAUAAGAAAACAAAUAAAUAAUUUUUAAUUUUCUACGGUUUAAACAAAGGCAUUAAUAAUUUUAUUGUUAAAUAACAAGAAAAUUAAAAUACGCAUUUUUUUUUUGCAAAAUACAUAAAGAACUGCCAACGUCUUCAAUUCAAUAAAAUAAUAAUCAACGUUAAAUACAACAACAUCAACUACAAAAAGAAGAAAAUUGAAUAAUAAAAAAAAAAAACAAAGUGUUCUUAAUUAAUAACUUUAAAAAGAAAAUAAAUUAUUAAACAACCCUUAAAAAUUUUCACUUCAAAAGUACGAGUAUGUCAUCAAAUGAUGCCUAUAAUCGUAGUGAAGAACAAAAUGGAGGCAAUGGAUCAAUUGCAUCAUUUAGCGGCAGUACGGGGCCGAGUACCAGUAAGCCAGACAUAUCACAGAUACAGCAACAGAUAGUACCGAAUGAAGAGACACAUUUAAGGGGUGAUUCGAAACAGGCCUAUUUUAGUGAUGAAAAAGUUUUGAUACCCGAAUCUGAUAAGGUGGGUUUCAGUUGGCGUAAAUUAUGGGCCUUCACAGGGCCCGGUUUUCUAAUGUCAAUUGCGUAUCUUGAUCCGGGUAACAUUGAAUCUGAUUUACAAAGUGGUGCAGUAGCUAAAUAUAAAAUUCUCUGGGUUCUCUUGUGGGCGACCGUGUUGGGUUUACUAAUGCAACGCUUGGCUGCAAGACUGGGUGUUGUAACUGGUCUUCAUUUAGCUGAGAUGUGCUAUCGUCAAUAUAAAAGAGUACCCCGUUUUAUAUUAUGGAUUAUGAUUGAAAUCGCCAUUAUAGGUUCCGACAUGCAAGAGGUCAUUGGUACAGCUGUUGCCAUAUAUUUACUAUCGAAUAAAGUAGUUCCUUUAUGGGGCGGUGUUUUGAUAACAAUUAUCGAUACAUUUACGUUUUUGUUCUUAGAUAAAUAUGGUCUGCGUAAAUUAGAAUUUCUAUUCGGUUUUCUUAUCACCGUUAUGGCUGUGACUUUUGGCUAUGAGUACAUUGUUUCGGCACCUAAUCAAGGUGAGGUUAUGGAAGGUAUGUUUGUGCCCUGGUGUAAGGAUUGUAACUCUGAAGUUCUACUGCAGGCAGUAGGCGUAGUGGGUGCAGUUAUUAUGCCACACAAUUUGUAUUUACAUUCGGCUUUAGUCAAGUCUCGUGAUGUUGAUCGUCGUCAGCCCACAAAAGUACGCGAAGCAAAUUAUUAUUUUUUCAUUGAAGCCUCAGUCGCCUUGUUUGUUUCUUUUAUUAUUAAUUUAUUUGUGGUGGCGGUCUUUGCCCAUGGCAUGUAUGGUAAAACUAAUAAUGAUGUGCUACAAGUUUGUCAGAAUAAAAGUAUAUAUGAAGAUGCUAAACAUUCCUUUGUGGACAAUCAAAAUGGUACCGCCAUCAUUGAUGCUGAUCUCUAUAAGAGUGGUCUCUUUUUGGGUUGCACCUUUGGUGUCGCAGCCAUGUAUAUUUGGGGUGUAGGCAUUUUGGCUGCUGGUCAAUCUUCCACUAUGACCGGUACCUAUGCUGGUCAAUUCUCCAUGGAGGGUUUCUUGAAUUUACAAUGGCCCCGCUGGCGUCGUGUUUUGUUCACCCGUUUAAUUGCCAUUGUACCCACUUUCUGUUUGGCUCUCUUCAGUAAAAUGGAAGAUUUAACAAAUAUGAAUGAUAUUUUAAAUGCUGUAAUGUCAUUACAAUUGCCAUUCGCUGCCAUACCAACGAUAGCAUUUACUUCGUGUUCCGCAAUAAUGGGUGAAUUUGUUAAUGGAAUUGGCAAUAAAAUUGUUUCAAUAUUAUUGACAAUUGUUGUUAUUGCUGUUAAUUUAUAUUUUGUUAUCAAUCAAGUGGAGGCUUUAAAUAUUGAGGGUGGAGUUUUAGCUGUAGUUUGUAUAUUUGCCAUUUUAUAUUUAUUAUUUAAUUUAUACCUUGUGAUACAUAUGGCCGCUUGUAUGGGCAAUAAAACUCUUAUGAAUAGUCGGUGGGUCCAAAAAUAUGUUCUACCCAGCCAAAAUAGUUUUUCGAUUAAGAAUGCCAAUUCCGCCUAUGCAAGUUUUUCCUACAAUUUGCAAAACUACAAUUAAUUAAUAAAGUUAAAACGUCAAAAUAAACACUUAUACUCGUUUUACACAUGUGUUCAUACUGUUCUAUUUACUUAUAUGUUUCUUACAUGUUUUAUUAAUUUCUUUUUUGUGGAAAUUUCUUAAAAAAAAAACUAAAUUAAAUUGAUACAUUUUUAUAUAAAUUUCUUUCCAUUUAAAUACAAUGUGCUUCUUAAUAAACUCACAAAAUAUAUACAUACUAUAUAUGAAAACUCAACGAUAUUAAAAUGAAAUCAUCAUCAAAUCAAAAACAAAAUCCAUAAUUAUAAAAUAUUAUGGGAUUUUUAUAUAAAUAAUUAUUACUUUUAAUGGAAAAAUUCAUCAAAAAUACACACACACACACAAUGAAUUCAUUAAAAAUUAUUUAUUGAAAAUUCUAUGAAUUUUCGCCACGCUUAUUGAAUUGUAUACGAAUUUGAAUUGUAUUGGGGGCCAUGUGUUCUUUUCAAAAUGAAAUAAAUUUUUAAAAUUCAUCAUCAACCAUAAUGACUGACUGGGGUUUGCCAAAAAAAUUAAUAAAAUAAUACAAAAAAAAUCACAAAAUGAAAUCACAACAAAAAAAAAAAAACGCCAAAA